AUGGAGACUCCGGCCAAUGCGUUCCUCUAUCUCUCAGGCUUACUGGAGAUAGUAUAUGGAUCUAUCUCCGGGUCAACAUGUGCGCAGCUCAAAGACGACACGAAGCCGUGCCUCAAUAAAAUCGCAAAGGCCAACCUCGAAUCUCUGAAAGAAUCUUUUGGCGAUUUGUUUACCAUCCUUAACGACCCUGACCGGAACUUUCACGACAAAGAUGGUGCAUUCAAUACGGUCCUUGAGCAAUUGAUCAACGCAUCUCUUUGCCGGCAGCGUCACCACCGAAAUUCUGACGGCGCCAAGAGCCAAUGGUUAAAGGAGCUGUACAACGAUGAAAAGAGAGAUCUACUGCGUUACAGGCUGCAAAUCUAUCUUCUCGAGCCUCUGGAAGAAGAAUCGAUCAUUUCUAUUUCUGUUCCACCGCCAGGAACAGAGUUCGAACUCUUCCAGCCCGAAAGCCGAUCGAGCGGCAAGCCAAACGUGCCACUACUUGUGACCGCUGAAUUGCUCAAGCCCCUUGGAGAAACCGACAGAAAAUCUGGGUACAUCUACCUCAUCUCUCACCCUCGAGAACCAAAAAUGUUCAAAAUCGGAUUUAGCACUGAGCUCGAGCGGCGAUUUGACGAACACAGACGGUGCUAUGAAAAGUUCAGCAAAGUGGCGAGUGAUUUCAUACCCUAUGUCCGUCGGAUUGAGCAACUUAUCAUCAUCGAAUUUUCCCUGAAGCAUUACCGGCUCAAAGAAAAAUGCACUUCGUGCCAUAAGACUCAUAAGGAAUGGCUCCAAGUCAACAAAGCAACGCUGUUGAAGAGUUUCAACAAAUGGGUUCAAUUCGCUAAAGCCCUUGAGUCGCCUUAUGACAAGGAAGGCAACUUUAAGACCAAGACCGUCGCGUUACCACCUCCUGCUAUGAAUUUCAAGUCCCGAAGUCCGACUCCAACGAAAAAAGGGUCACGUCGACGAUCAGAUAUAGCCCCAUCGCAGGAGUCGACACCUUCUAAGGCGGCCCCUGUCAAGUCUGAUAUAAGGAUUAUUGACGAAGAGAUUUCCGAAUCGAACUCGGACGAUCCUGAUUAUAGUGGCAGAGCAGACCAGUCUAGACUCGUUUCGAGUAUCUCCCUCGAUCUUGCUGCUAUUCACAUAUAG